GGAUCAUAUAGAGUUUGAAUUGAACAUGGUCAAGAAGCGCGUAUUGUCGCCGGCGCCGCUGUUGGACACGGCCCUCUUGACGGCGUUCGUGGAAGAGAAUGGGUUGAAGCUCGUGCAUGCGCAAAAGAUCUGGAAGCACAUCUCCACGCAGGUCCAGGCGCAGUCCACCGCGGACAUCUCGGUCCGCGACAUCCCGCACUUGCCGUCGCAUGCGUACCCGUUGCUCGAAGCCAAGUUUGCCGCGUUCACGACCACCGUCGCGGAGCAACACACGUCCAGCGACGGCACGGUGAAGCUUCUCAUCACUCUCCAGGACGGCCACAACAUCGAGGCGGUGAUCAUGAAGCAUUCGGGCCGCAACACGUUGUGCGUGUCGUCGCAGGUAGGGUGCCAGAUGGGCUGCACGUUUUGCGCUACCGGUACCAUGGGCAUCAUCGCCGACCUGUGCGCCGGGGAGAUCCUCGAGCAGCUGGCGCAUGCGUUCCGCGUCGCGCCAAUCCGGAACGUGGUGUUUAUGGGUAUGGGCGAACCCCUCAACAACUACGACGCCGUGCUCGCGGCCAUCCGCGCCAUGACCGACGUCUUCGGCCUCGCGCCCAAGUACAUUACGCUGUCCACGGUGGGGGUGAUCCACCGCAUCCGGCAGCUCAAGGAGGACGCGCCGCUCGUCCGCCUCGCGCUGUCGCUGCACGCGCCGACGCAGGACCUCCGCGUACAGAUUGUACCCACCGCCAAAGCCUACCCCCUCGACAAACUCAUGCUGGCCAUCGACGACCACUUGAAAGAUCGAGACAACCGGAUGGUCAUGAUGGAGUACAUCAUGCUCAAACACGUGAACGUGGCCAUUGCGACGGCACACGACCUGGGCAAGUUGCUCGCGGGCAAGUCGGUGCACAUCAAUCUGAUUCCGUACAACGCGACGGACGUGGACGCCGAGUUUCAGUCGCCGACUCGCGACGAGAUUGUGGCCUUCAAGGACGUGCUGCGGACCGACUACAACCUCAAGGUCACGAUUCGGGAGAACCACGGCAUGGACAUCGACGGCGCGUGCGGCCAGCUGGCCGUCAAGAAGUUGGAGGCCGGACUACCCAAGUCCCCCUUCGUUCCAGAGCAACGUGAUAUUGAGGACCUUGGCCAGCGCAAGAAAACCUCGUCGAAAACGACCAAAAAGCAACCGCCAGGCAAGGGUGACGACGCUUCGUCAUCGUCGUCAAUGACGACACUUUUGCUCGCGACGGUGCUGCCCAUCGUUGCCAUCGUCGUCACCGCGACCCUGGUGUGGCGCCGACUCAAACCCUAACUACAAUCUCAAAAGUCAAACUACAAUCUCAAAAGUCUAACUACCUACUAGUAACUACUAGUACAAUCUCAAAAGCCUAACUACAAUCUCAAAAGUCAAACUACAAUCUCAAAACCCUAAGUACAAUCUCAAAAGUCAAACUACCUACUAGUAACUACUAGUACAAUCUCAAAAGCCUAACUACCUAACUACAAUCUCAAAAGCC